AGGCACAUCCUCUUCGAUGGUCUCGUGUGAGCAGCAGUCGCCUGUGCGUGCGAGUGGGUCCAUGAGGUCCCUGGGUUACGCUGCCAUCGCUCUGGUGGCAGCUGUGGCUUUGGUGGGAGCUGGAAGCCUGUCGAGCCGCUCGCAGUCCUCCCUGUCACCCGAGCAGACCUACCUCCUCCAGAUGUGGGACCGGCCCUACGUGACCACCACCAUGCUGUGGAAUGCUGCGCACAACGACAACGGGCUCGGAGACAGCAACGGGGAUGGGUCCUCCUCGUACGAGGCCUAUGACACCUUCGGGCACAACGGAGGGAACAGCCUCCAGGGUGAGAUCGAUUCGGACCUGAAGCAGAUCCUCCCUUCCUCCGAGCUCAAGACUUCCAGCGGAUCCUCCAACAGCUGGAGCACCUCUGCGCUUGCGGACUCCGAUUGGGGCAGACACACCUCGAACUACGACUGGGACGGGCCAGACGCUCACGUUCACUCGUGGGACAGUGACCAACAAGUGCAGAUGAAGUCGGAGCUUCGCAAGAUGUACAGCAAGGGGAUCGAUCACAUUUCAAAGAAGAUCACAGAGCAGGCUGAGAAAGACGCGGGCGGUGGGUUCUACUCCAAGUGGGCCAAGCUGGCGGGCAACAAAAUUUCCAAGGGCCACAAGAUCGGCUUGUCGCAGAACCAGGCGAAGCUGUUCAAGGAAGCAGAGAAGUCUGAAGAGAAGGAAGAGGCAAAGAAGGCGAGCUACGUCAAGGCUAUCAAGACUGCUUCAGUAAAACAGGAGGCAAGCGACAAGCAUGAGGACAAGAGCGCCCAGCAAGCAGCGGUGAAGGCGAAGAUCCAUGCUGCUGACCGACUCGCGGCGAAGCUGAACUCGCACAAGUCGCACUCAAGCAAACAUGCGUCCUCGAGCAAGGAGCCUGUGGCACCCUCGGAGGAUCCUGGCAAGAUUGGGGACAAGAGUGCAGUAAAGGAGCUUCGCAAGACUCUCAGUGGCGCGAAGAACGCUGCAGCAAAAGCGGCAGCAAGGAAGAAGAUGGCGGCCCUGGAGCAGCAGAUCAAGCGAGACUUCGACUCCGUCACCUCCUACGCCCACAAGGUCAGGACGAGCCUGCCUCCUAUGAAGGCCUAGAGGGGAGAAGAAUAAAAUGUGACAAAACC